AUGAGUGCACAGGAGUUGCGUCGACAACGAGGAUAUGUCAAGGCCAAGGUGACAAAGACAUGGAAAUACGUCGAGAAUGUCGUUAAUAAGAGAAUAGCAGCGAACAUUGAGACAAUUACUGUACACCUGGAGCUAGAACAGGCGUACAACGAUUUUAACGAGUUAGUCACAACGAAAGCUAAAUUGAAGGCGACGCUAUCAAAAUGGAAGGCUGCGCUCAAGCCUGCUGUGAGUGCGAGUGGCAGCAACGAGUCGCUCGCGCACGUGUUGGAACAACAGACAGAGGUGAUCCGAGCGUUGAGUGCAAGUGCGCACAAUGAGAACAAGCACCAAUAUCUAGUCGGUGCAGUAACGGGCAGUGCGGCAAAAAUCAUCGAGUCUAUUGAGAUUUCGGUGCAAAACUAUGAAAUAGCUUGGAAUCUUUUGAAGAACCGUUACGAAGAUCCAAAGGCAUUGAAGCGGCGACAUAUUCAUUGUUUGUUUGAAGCACCCAAGGUCGGUCGAGAGUCAGCAGUCGAAAUCGAGGAGCUGGUCAACCAUUUUCAAAAACAUUUGCGCAUUUUGAAAUCAAUGGAAUCCGAGAGCGAGUCUUGGGCAGAAUCCUUGAUGCUCUUUAUGAUCGAGGAGAAGCUGGGUGGGUCCACUCGCCGUCGCUGCGAAGAGAGUAUGGAAGGUAGAGGAGAGGUGUCAGUCAAUUUACUAUUUGAAUUUUUGCAGCGACGCGUUCGGAUGCUCAAUCGAUUGGGCAAUUCAAUUAGCGAGGAAAGGUCUAUACCAAAGAGACCCGGACCGAAGUCUGGAAGGGUCAACGCUAUCGAGAGUUCGAGAUCGUUAAGAAAAGGCGAGUCCAGAGCAUCUGGGAGCAAUCAAAGAAAUACACCCGAGCGAAUCGAGGAAGUCAAGCGGUUGAGACUUUGUUUUAAUUGUUUGAAGAACGAUCAUUUCGUAAACGCAUGUAAGGCGAGUUCAUGUCGACGAUGCUCGGGAAGACACAAUACGCUGUGUCAUACAGAUCACGAAAAAGGUCACGCGCAAAAGGUUAUCGCAUCGAAUCGCAAAACGGUAGAUGGAAAUUCGGAAAAGAGCAAUAGCGUCAAUUUAUCCGUGCACCAUGUAGUCAAACGCGCAAAUUUUGGUCAAGUUUUAAUGGCAACUGCGGUGAUAUAUAUUAGGGAUUCCCGAGGAUUUGAACAGCCGAUUCGCGUUCUUCUUGACAGUGCAAGCGAAGCGAAUUUUAUAACAAAGGCCGUGUGUGCCAGAUUAAAUAUUAAGACGGACGAUAUUCAUGAGGCGGUUUCGGGAAUAAACAAUACAAUUUGUGCAAUUACGAGAGGUUGUCGAGUCACAAUUAGAUUGAGAGUAACGAGUUAUCAAGUAUCGGCGUUUUGCUUACAAUUAGUCGUUCCAAAAAUUACACGGGAGCUGCCUGCGGCUGCAAUUAGUGCUAAAUCAUUUUCGGUCACAGAUACAGUGAAAUUGGCUGAUCCUCAAUAUUUUCAGCUUAGUCAAAUUGAUAUGCUAUUAGGCAGCGAGUUUUUCAUAAAGCUAUUAGAACCCGCAAAAAUCGAACUCGGAACGAAUUACCUACAUUGCAAAACACGAAAUUCGGAUGGGUCAUUUCGGACCAAUUCUCGCUCAAUAUGUCAGAAAGAAAAACGUCAAUUAUGUUGCGUGCAUGGCUACACAGAUAUCUUUGCAAAAAUCAUUAGAGAAAUUUUGGGAAAUCGAAGAUUGUUCGGGACGCGGGAGCAUAGCAAUGUCGAGCAAGGAAUGUGCGUGCGAGGAAAUGUUUGCGGAAACACAUACUCGAAAUAA